UCUCUGAGGUCUAAGAAUUGCAGAGUAUGCAGUGUAGCUGAAUCAACCAACAAGAAUCCAGCAGCCCAUGAGUGCUCAAAGAAUUGGGAGGGUAGUUCAAAGGCCAUGGAGGCAGAUAUGGUUAUUGAGAUGGUCCAAGAUCUACAGAAAAGUAAAGGAAUAACCAUUGAUGGAAUCAUUGGAGAUGAGGACUCUACCACUAUUGCAAGACUGAAAGCUAAUGUCAAUGCUGAUAUUAAGAAGUUGUCUGAUAAAAAUCAUCUAAAGAAACUGUUUACAAACUCUUUGUUUACCUUGAAGAAAAAACAUUCAUCUCUGACUUUGUCUGUGAUAAAGUACAUUCAGAAAUGCUUCAGUUACUCCAUAGCACAGGGAAAAGGAAAUGCUUCUCAAAUCAAAGAAGACCUUUCAUCAAUUCCAUUACACAUAUUUGGAGAUCACCAACACUGCUCCUCAAGGUGGUGCAACUUCAUUAACAACCCUAACCUGAGGUACAAGUCACUUCCACAUGGAAAACCCCUGAAAGAUAGGUUCCUUCAGGAUGAUCUGAAAGAAGUCUUCAGUUCAUAUGCAAGUCAUUCUGAUCGUCUUUCAUGCUUAGGAAGCACACAGUCGAAUGAGAGUUUUCACAGAAUGGUGUCUGCAAAAGCCCCAAAGACCCAUCAUUACAGCUCUUCUUCAAGCCUCAGAUAUAGAGUUGCUGCAUGUGUAGCCCAGAAAAAUGUUGGACACAGAUAUCUUGUAAAGGUUAACAAGAAAUUGGGCCUCUCUCCUGGCUACUAUACUCGACGACAGUGCAUUCUGAGGGAUUUACAAAGAAAGCGACAGAAGGCCAUUUCAGUGACACAGAAAUUUAAAAGGAGAAGGAGAGAAUUGAAAGCCAGGAAAAUUCAAAGUAUUUCUACAAAAGAAACAAGGGAAGGCAUCAGUUAUUUAACAGGAUGUGAUCUCCAGCAGGCCUCUGACAUCGUUGAAAUUCCAGCUCCAAAAACAAUUCCAAAGUAUGAUCAUCUCCCUUCAAGUCAGCUGUUAAAUGCUGAAGAGAUCUAUUUUGAUUUGGAAACUACUGGACUCGCAAGGGAUUCUCAUAUUGUGCAGUUGUCUGCAGUUAGAAAUGAUGAGGUUUUCAACAAAUACAUCAUUCCAGAAAAACCAAUGUCCUCAAAAGCUACAGAAAUUACUGGAAUAAAAGUAGUCAACAAUAAAAUGUACCACAAUGAUGAGGAAGUUGAGACAGUCAGCAUUAAGGAUGCACUGAUCCAGUUUAUCGACUUCAUGAAGAAAUCGGAGUCAGAUGCUGUUCUAGUUGGACACAACUCCAAAGUGUUUGACCUUCCUGUGCUGUUCAACAUUUUGAGUAAAUUAAACAUUUUGGAGGCAUUCUCAUCUGCAGUCAUUGGUUUCAUUGAUACCUUACCUCUUUUCAAAAUUUCGCAUCCAAACCUUUCAUCAUACUCACAGUUACACCUCUUCGAAGAAAUUCUACAAGACAAAUACAGUGCGCAUGACUCAUUACAGGAUGUCUUAGCCUUGAAGAGAUUGUUGGACCAUACAGGACCUUCCCCUGAAGUCAAACUUGCUGCAUCUUUCACUUCAAACUCUGCCUUUGCCAUAUUCCAUCACAAGAACACAACAAAAAGUCUAAUGAGCACACUAAAGCCUUUAUUGGACCAAAAGGUGAUUUCGAAUGGAAUGGGAAAUAAGAUUGCCAGCAGUGGACUCUCCUUAUCACACUUACAACUGGCUUAUCGCAGAAAUGGUAGGGAGGGAGUACAGGAUGUGCUGACAGAGAUAACAGAUAACAGUGUGCGUGUGACAAAAUCUAGAAAAAUCAUUGAUUCUGUUGCAGAUUUUCUCAGAUCUGAGCAGUAACGCAGUUGUAUGAUGUUCUUUGUAUGUAACUAUGUUAUUGUUUGUUUGGUUGUUUGUUUGUUUGUUUGUUUGAUUUCUGUGAGCCAGUGCUCACUAGUAAUACCCUCACUCUGAUGUGAAUAUGGACAGACAGGAAUAAACAAAGUUAAUUGACAAUGGAUUCGUACAAAAAUGAAUCCAACCAUAUUUCAUGUCUAAAAAAUUUCAAGCAUCUGUGAUGAGUAGUUGUGGAGAAAACUGUGACAAAAAUUUAUUAUUUGUGGUACAGACAGAUGCACAGAUAAACAGGAAGUUGAAAUCAGAUUCGUCUAAAACCAAUUCCAACUGUGAUGAGUAGUUGUGGAGAAA